GAGCACAGUCGGUUGCGCCGCAGCGUCAGGUCAGUUGCACCUUCUGGGUCGCUGGCGGCCGUGGGAGCCGGGAGGGGCCUCGGCGAUGAUCCGGCUUUAAGGACCAGGGGUCCUCUUCUGUCUCAGGCGGUUUAGGGAAAGUGUGGGGGCAACCAAAGAUCAUCUACGUGACUAGGCCUUUUGCCCUGAACCUCAUGAAGAAAUGAUAGGCAGACAUAUGUGCCUAAGAAGAGCACUGAGGAGAACACAGAGGAGAACAACACGGAGUUUUGGGGGUGUGCUUUGAUUGUGUACAUCAAUGGAAGAAUCCUCCAGCGAUUCAGACCACCUCCGCUCUCAUGAUCGAUUGAGUCGAUGGGCUGCCAGGUCAACAUACAGGGGAAAUCUAAGUUGUCCUACAGUAGGCGUCACCAAGAAGGUCAACACUAUAACAAAUACUUUACAGGACACCAGUCGGAACCUGCGACAAGUAGACCAGAUGCUUGGACAGUAUCGAGACUACAGUAAUGGACAGGCGGGUGCUGUAGAACAUUUAAAAGAAAGCUUGGAACAAUCAAUAGGUCAACUGCGGAGUCAACGUUUAUUGAGACACUCAGGAGGGAGGAGUAUUUCUGUUACGAGUCUGAGUGCAAGUGACCUUGAUGGUGGCACUGUGACAGAGAGCUACCGAUUUCCACCUACCUCACCUCUCAAGAACUAUGGGGACCAACAGGGCAGUAAACGAAUUAGGUCCAGAACUGGUGUCCGAUUUGUUCGGGAUCCUGACGACGUGGGCCAGCUUCAUUCCUUUCAUCAGUCCCUCCGAGACCUCAGCAGUGAACAGGUUCGGCUUGGAGAUGAUUUCAACCGGGAACUUGCCAGAAGAAGCCGGUCGGAUGCUGAAACAAAAAGAGCUUUGGAAGAAUUGACUGAAAAACUUAAUGAAGCCCAAAAACAAGAUGUGGUUUCAGAUCGAGUGGAACGACGGCUUCAGGAAAUAGAAAGAGAGAUGCGCACAGAAAGAGAGCUGGUGGAAAGACGUCAGGAUCAACUGGGAAUUAUUUCUUUGCAGCUGCAGGAGGCAUUGAAGAAACAAGAAGCUAAAGUAGAUGAAGAUGAGGGAGUCAUGAAAAAUAAGCUAAGACAGACUGAAACUGAGAAGAGUCAACUUGAACAGGAAUUAGAGGUAUCCCGAAGGUUAUUGAAUCAGUCAGAAGGCAGCAGAGAAACACUUCUGCAUCAGGUAGAAGAGCUCCGUAUGCAACUUAUGAAAGCAGAAGGUGACCGAAAGGGUUUACAGCAUCAAGUAUCUCAGAUUUCCAAGCAACUGUUAAACCAUCAGGAUGAACAAGGAGAUGACUGGAGGUUUAGGAGAGGGGUUGAGCAGGAAAAAGAGAAUCUGGAGAAGCAGAUGUCAGAUUUGAGGGUGCAGCUGAACUUCAGUGCGAUGACAUCUGAAUUAGAGGAAGCGAAGCGGUGCAUGGAGCGAAAAGACAAGGAGAAAGCACAUUUUGCAGCACAAGUUGAGAAUUUAACACAGCAAUUGGAACAGAAGGAAAAGGAACAACUACAGAUGUUGGAUCAACUUAAAGAGAUCCAGAAUCACUUUGAGACUUGUGAGGCCAAACAUAAGCGUGCUGACCUUCAGAUCUCAGAGCUGACUCACCAUGCUGAGGAUGCAACCAAGCAGGCCGAGCAGUACCUUCUAGAGUUCCAACAGUCAGAGGCUCUGAGACAGGAGGCAGAGAAGAAGAGAGAAGGGCUGAAACUGAAAGCUCAGGAGUCCAUCAGGCAGUGGAAGCUUAAGCAUAAGAAGUUAGAGCGAGCAUUGGAGAAACAAUCUGAAACUCUUGAUCAACUGACAGACAAGAAUAAUCAGAUUCUAAAAGAAAAGGACGAAUUGAAAAGCCAGCUUUAUACAGCAUUACAACAGAUAGAUAAUCUUCGAAAGGAAUUGAACGAUGUCUUAACCAAGCGUGCCCUUCAAGAGGAGGAGCUUCACUGUAAGGAGCAGAAACUAAGUGACGUUGAGUCUCGUCAAACUGUCCUUGAACUAGAAGUCAAGGAUUCCCUGGACACUAUCCAUAGGCUAGAAAGUGAAUUGAAGCAGCAGAGAAAGAUUCAAAGCCAGAUGAAAGUGGAGAAAGCUCACCUAGAAGAAGAAAUCACUGAGCUAAAGAAAAGCCAGGCCAGGGACAAAGCUCAACUUCUUGAGAUGCAAGAGGCUGUCAAGAACCUGAGUGCCAUCCGGGCGGAUCUCGCUAAUAAAUUGGCUGAGGAACAGAGAGCCAGGAAGGAGGUGCUUAAGAACCUUGCUGACCUCAAGACACAGGCGAAAUCCAGAGAGGAAGAAACAGCUACGAUCAUUACGCAGUUAAAGCUGGAACGAGACGUUCACCAGAGGGAGCUGGAAGAUCUCACAUCAUCACUGCAGAGUGUGAAAACUAAACAUGAACAGAACAUCCAGGAGCUGAUGAAGCACUUCAAGAAAGAAAAGAGUGAGGCUGAGAAUCAUAUUAGGACGCUGAAGGCAGAAAGCAUAGAAGAUAAGAAUACAGCUAAAGUCCAUCGUUGUCAGCUAGAGAAGGUGAAAUCACAAUGUGACAGGCUGACAGAGGAAUUAACCCAGAAUGAAAAUGAGAACCGAAAACUGAAGCUAAAAUAUCAGGCUUUGAAGGACCAGCUAGAAGAAAAGGAAAAACACAUAAGCAAUGAAGAAGAGCAGUUAAGGAGGAUGGAAGAGGCCAGAUUGCAGCUCAAGGAUCAACUUCUUUGCCUGGAGACUGAACAGGAAUCCAUUCUUGGUGUCAUAGGAAAGGAAAUUGAUGCAGCUUGUAAAACCUUCUCCAGGGACUCAAUGGAGAAAUUGAAAGUCUUUUCAUCUGGUCCUGACAUUAACUAUGACCCACAUCGCUGGUUAGCAGAAAGCAAGACUAAACUUCAGUGGCUCUGUGAGGAACUGAAAGAGAGAGAAAACCGAGAAAAAAAUCUGCGGCACCAGCUGAUGCUCUGUAGACAACAACUGAGGAAUAUGACGGAAAACAAGGAAUCUGAGCUCCAGUGUCUUUUUGAACAGAUAGAAAGACAAGAGCAGCUUCUGGAAGAAAUACACCAGGAGAAGAGAGAUCUCCUGGAGGAGACCCACAGAAAAGAUGAAGAAAUGGAGUCUCUGCAGGACCGUGUAAAUGCAUUAGAAACGAGUACCCGAUUGGCCUUGGACCAUCUGGAGUCUGUUCCUGAGAAACUGAGCUUACUAGAAGAUUUCAAAGACUUCAGAGAUUUCCGCAGUUUAUCUGCAGAGAGAAUUGAUGGGAGAUAUUCUAAAUACAGAGUUCACAGAGAGUCUCUACAGCAGCACCGAGAUGACAUCAAGUACAGAGUCAGAAGCUUCAAAGAUGACAGACUCUUUACUGAAAGUUCCCAUACUCAUGGUUUCGAGCACUCAUCCUCUUGGCAUGAUCACAGUCACUUCCUGUCUAGUCCACGAUUUUCACACUUGAAUUCAUUUGCCAAAAGAACAGUUGCUCCAGAUUCACCUUCAAUCAAGGAAGAUGCCACAGGUUUACCAAUGGAUGGAACGAGUACACAGUCUAAAAAGGAGGAAUAUGAAAAUGAAAAAAGCAAAAUGUAAUCCAUUGUUUCACAUGAGUGUUUUACAAGUAACAGAGUAUCUGUCCUUGUUGCAGUUUGGCCCAGAUUAUCUAGCAGACGAAUCGGCAACUUCUGCUCUUCAGCAUUGCCAAACACUGACUGACAUAACAAUAUAUUGGUCUUUGGGAAUGAUAGAAGUUAAAUCAAUCCAAGUAAGAUCAACUCAUGAAUGACACACAGCUAACUUAUUGACAAUUUAUACCAGCAGAGAAAGAGAGAUACUUUUCACUUUGCAUUUUCCUUUUUCAGGUGUGAUCAGUCACAUUUUUCCAACCAUAAUUUAUAUUUAUAAUUGGGAUCUUUUACAAAUGACUGGCUAAGAAGGAGAGAAAUGAGUUCUCCUUGAGGCCAAAGUUGCCAGCACUUUAGAUUCAGAGUGUUUAUAUACAAUUGAUUUUUUAAAAAUGCUUUCUCCCUAAUUUUCACAUGUUAUAACAUGUCAUGGAGUUAUGCAUAUAUAAUAUUAGGCAGUCCACUCUAUAAAUGCUCAGGAUUGUUACAUCCAUCAUCUCAGCAGUCUGUUACUACAUGCAGUAUCUUAAAAUUUUAUUUCCAAUCAUCCAUUUUUAAUAGCAAUAAAGAAUUUACAAGUGAUACCUGAAUUGUAGAACACUGUAAAGAAUUCAUAGCGCAAUUUAUUUAUUUAUCUUUCUGUGGCCAAGUAUCUCACUGCAAUCACUUCAGUCAUAUUCUGGACUGUCUUUGGGUUUACUCUGACCAAAUGCACAGUUACCAAACUCAUGUGUUAUAAGAUCUGCUCUGCAAGAGUUCUCGUAUGAUCUGGCACUACAUACUUUCAGCAUCUCAGCCUUUCUCAAUAUCAAAGUGUUUUUAAGAAAUUCUGCUCUUUACAUGCUAAUCUACCAAUGGAGAAAGAUUUCUAUUAAAUGCUAAUAGUAAAACAUCCAGGAACUGAAUCCCACUGGGCCAUGUUGGAAUAUUCUUCAGAGGGACAAGAACAAUAAAGCAAUACCUUCCUAACUA